AUGGGUUGCAUUGGGGAUUCCUCUAAAUUAGCAUGCGUAGCACUAAUUGUCAUCAUUCUCAGUUUCGUGUGCGCGUGCGUGGCCAUCUUCACACCAUUCUGGCAGGAACAGGAAAGCAACGGCGUCAUCACCUACUCCGGUUUGUUGACUACCUGUCAAAACAGCCUGAGCGAGUGUUUCACUAUCGACAACAUUCUCAGCGCUUAUCAGGGCACAGAUCAAUAUGACGACUUCCUGGUCAACUUGUCCCUCCAAAUGUUUGGUUUCCUUCUCAUUAUUGUCUCUAUGGUCCUUCUUUUCCUCUACUGUUGUUGUACCUUCAAAGCCAUCGGAGUGAUCGCCGCCAUCACCAGUAUCUUGGCAGGCUGUUCCAUUAUAGCGGGGCUGAUUGUGUACGGGAUCAGUUUCAGUUCCGUAGUUAACUCCUUGAUGUCCUGGUCUUUUGGAUUAGACGUUGCUGCCGCUGCCCUAGCACUAACUGCAGGCAUCCUGUGCAUAAUCAACUGCUGUUUACCGUGA